AUGGCUAUAGGUGGAUUCGAUAUCAUAAUCGGGAUGGAUUGGCUAGUUGAGAACCAAGCGGAAAUCUUAUGCUCUAACAAGCUGAUCCGAAUUCCUUUGGCGAACGGGGACGCAGUGCUAGCUUAUGGAAAAGGAAGGAAAGGGAAUGUAGUACUCUUAUCUAAAAGGCACCUAGAGAUAAGGAAAAUUGAAGAUGUGAAAAUAGUCAAUGAAUUCCCCGAUGUGUUCCCUGAAGACCUACCCGGAUUACCGCCCGUUAGGCAAGUGGAGUUCCAGAUCGACCUCAUUCCGGGAACCGCUCCAAUUGCUAGAUCCCCUUAUCGUUUGGCGCCAUCCGAGAUGCGAGAGUUGAUGUCUCAAUUGCAAGACCUUCUGGAUAAGGGAUUUAUCAAACCGAGUUCGUAA